AUGAAGAGUCUACUUUUAAUGGUGCUGAUUUCUGUCUGCUGGGCUGAACCUCACCCUAUCAACUCAAGUCGGGAUCAUGAAAGAAUUAUUCACAUUCAAGCAGAAAAUGGACCCCGUCUACUCGUGGUGGCAGAGCAAGCUAAAAUCUUCUCACACCGGGGUGGCAAUGUCACACUGCCAUGUAAAUUUUACCAUGAACACACAUCAACAGCUGGCUCAGGAACCCACAAAAUCCGGGUCAAGUGGACCAAACUCACCUCGGAUUACCUCAAAGAAGUGGACGUCUUUGUUGCAAUGGGACACCACAGAAAGAGCUAUGGAAACUACCAGGGCAGAGUGUUUCUGAGGGAAAGCAGUGAAAACGAUGCCUCUCUUAUAAUCACAGAUAUAAUACUGGAAGAUUAUGGGAGAUAUAAGUGCGAGGUGAUUGAAGGAUUAGAAGACGAUACAGCAGUGGUGGCUCUGAAUUUGGAAGGUGUCGUAUUCCCUUACUCUCCACGGCUGGGUCGUUACAACUUAAACUUCCAUGAGGCUCAGCGAGCGUGUCUGGACCAAGACUCUGUUAUCGCCUCCUUUGACCAGCUCUACGAUGCCUGGAGGUCAGGGCUGGACUGGUGUAACGCCGGCUGGCUCAGCGACGGCUCUGUGCAGUACCCCAUUACCAAGCCCAGGGAGCCCUGUGGAGGGAAGAACACAGUGCCUGGGGUCAGGAAUUACGGGUUCUGGGAUAAAGAUAAAAGCCGAUAUGACGUUUUCUGUUUUACUUCAAACUUCAACGGUCGUUUUUACUACCUAAUUCACCCAACCAAGCUGACCUAUGACGAAGCCGUUCAGGCGUGCUUGAAGGAUGGAGCUCAGAUCGCUAAAGUUGGCCAGAUAUUUGCUGCCUGGAAGCUCCUGGGGUACGACCGCUGUGAUGCUGGCUGGCUGGCUGACGGCAGUGUUCGCUACCCAAUCUCCAGGCCAAGGAAGCGCUGCAGUCCUAACGAAGCAGCGGUUCGCUUCGUAGGCUUCCCUGAUAAAAAGCACAAGCUGUAUGGUGUCUACUGUUUCAGAGCAUACAACUGA